UCAAAACGGCUUGCCAAACACCUACUAUGGUGGCAGAAAACACGCGAAGAAGAAGAAGACCUCAGCGUAAGCAACAUGGCGUCUCCAUCUGGGUGCUCGCAUUAUGUCCGCAGCUGUUUUUUGAAAGCACCUUGCUGCGGUAAACUGUACGUGUGUCGGCUGUGCCACGAUGCAGAGGAGAACCACCAAAUGGACCGAUUCAAAGUCCGAGAGGUGCAGUGCUCCGAGUGUCAAACCUUACAGCAGGCGCAGCAGACUUGUCAGCAGUGUCACAUGCAGUUUGGGGAGUAUUACUGCGACAUUUGUCACCUGUUUGACAAGGACAAGAAGCAGUACCACUGUCAGCCCUGUGGAAUAUGCAGGAUUGGGCCCAGAGAGAAGUACUUUCAUUGUGAGAAGUGUAACUUGUGUUUAGCCCAGGACCUACGAGGAAACCACAAGUGUGUCGAGAACGUGUCGAGGCAGGACUGCCCGGUGUGCAUGGAGGACAUUCACACAUCCAGGAUUGGUGCUCACGUGCUUUCAUGCGGCCAUCUUUUACACAAGUCCUGCUUUGAUUCCAUGAUCACAACGGGAAUGUAUCGCUGCCCUCUGUGUAUGCAUUCUGCCUGGAACAUGAAGGAUCAGUGGGUUGAAAUGGACAAAGAGAUAGCUGAGUCACCAAUGCCUCCUGAAUACCAGGGAGCUACGGCCAAAAUUCUAUGUAAUGACUGUCAGACUCACUGCACGGUGCCUUUUCACGUUCUGGGGAUGAAGUGCAGCGGCUGUGGCUCCUACAACACGGCGCAGGACGGCGGACUCAUCCAGCAGCCGCAGCUGUAGCGCUGCAUAGAAAACCGACUCGAGCAGCAGGGUCAAAACCAGUCGGCUUUACUCCGUUGGAUGGAAAACUUCUGACAUUGAUGUCUUUAAUCUUAUUAACUUAAGAGUGUAAAGAACAGCCGAGCACAACUUCACAGGAGACUUUGAUCAUCAGACAGAUGAACAGAACCGUCUUUAUUUUUAUUUCUCUUCAUUACAUAACUCAAAAUCGUACAGCCUGCAGCCACGGUUCGCCUGCUCCUGUGUGUGUGUGUGUGUGUGUGUGUGUGUGUGUGUGUGUGUGUGUGUGUGUGUGUGUGUGUGUGUGUGUGUGUGUGUGUGUGUGUGUGUGUGUGUGUGUGUGUGUGUGUGUGUGUGUGUUCUCAUGAUUGAUUCUACUUGUGUGAACAGUUAAAAAGCAAACUAAUUUCACGUCAAA